GUUGAGAAGACAUGUAUCUUCCAAGUUCUUUCGGAUGGAAGUUCAAACGCCAUUGACAGGGCUCUGUCUAGUGUUGAUACUUAUCGGAAGUGCGACGACGCAAAACGUGUGCGACGAUGAAGCCGGAGAUUCGGUUGUCGGCGUGUGUGAUGAUACUGUUCAGAUGAUAGGCAAUGGAUACAUCAAUUUCCUGCCGAAAGAACCGGGUGACAAUUACAACAUCCGGUUGAACAAUUUCCGAUACACAACGGCAGCGCCCGAGCAAUGUAUGCUGGGCGUCGCCUACAACUAUAUGCCGUGGAUGUUCCCGAACGGAACGCUCACGAUCAGGAACCAAUCAACGGCCCUUGAUUUGUCCAACCUCAACCUGUCCUACGAUGGCAUGUGGUCCCUUGUGAGCGGUUUGAGUUCGGUGUCAAUAUUGAGUGUUAGUAUUCAGAAUAUAUCUUUUCUCUCAAUGGCGAACAAUCGAAUGCGUUUGCUUCCCCGAAACAGCUUAUUGGAAUUUUCCAACGUGCAAUAUUUAUCUCUGAUGAACAACCCUUUCCGAGAUUUUUCUCCCGAUUUAGAGAUCCGUCCAAAGAUGCCGCCCCUGAAGUCGCUAAUAGCCCUCGAUAUGCGGUACUGUCGGUUGCAAUCAUUUCCACCUGACUUCUUCCACGAGCUAUCUUCGCUCCAGUAUCUGUUUCUGGCUCACAACUACAUUAGUAAAUUGCCGGCUCCCUUAUUCUACUCGCUUGGAAAACUGGUUCACCUGGAUAUGUCCUACAUGGACAGUAAUUCGCAUCGCGACGAAGAAGAGCGAGUGGACAACCCUUUCAUGCGACUUAUUGAGGGCAUGGACUUGGAUCCGAACAUUUUUGAACCACUGAAAAAUUUGAAGUUCUUGGAUUUAUCACAUACCAAAAUGGACCUUAGAGCGUUUAUGUCAAUGAGUUCAUUGGGAAAAAAUCUGGAGUAUGUGAGUUAUUGCUACACCGAGCUUCCAGCGCUAAUGGACUAUCUAUUUCUGAUGGAGAGCAUUAAGAUGAUGGAUUUGUCCGGUAACGUAGGAUGUGCGAGACUUCUGAAUCCUAGCAGUUUUCAACUGCUAAGAAAUACUCUGGAAGUUUUGUUCUUUCGGAACGCGAGCAUUCAACAGUUGGACUGGAUAACCGGACUGAACAAGCUACGAGUGUUAAACCUGCAAGGAAAUUUCAUUACGUCUUUGGAAGGGGCGCGGUUUCGAGAUUUAGUUAGUUUAGAAGCGUUCGACGUUAGUAACAAUUUCGUUCAACAUUGGGUAAAUCGAGUGUUUCAGCAUAAUAACAAUUUAGAAGUGCUUAACGUAAGGAACAAUAACUUGUUGCUCAUUUCCAGCAAUAUGCUAAGGGAUUUCGAAAAAAUACAUUUUUUGGCAGUGGGUGCCAACCAGUUACAGUGUUCGUGCAAUUUUGUGUUCUUGUUGCAUAUGGUUUUUGGAAAUGUGUCUAAUGAAAAAGAAAACUGUAGCAAACCAUUCCAUAAGGGCAAUAAGAGACCAAAUUAUGCCGUUGGACAUGUGCAUUUGUACGACUACAAUGAAGAAGACUACCUUUGCAUGAACUACACCAAUAAGAAGAAGGUGAACACGAUAAACCUUACAGUAUGUGCACAUGAAGAUGAAGGAAUUUAUUCAAAUGUGGUACUUCCGGAGACGAUAGAAGAGUUAAUUGAAGAUUAUAUCGCAAUAUACAUAAUAUCGUGUGUGGUUGCUGUUAUAAUACUGGGAUUAGCUUUACUGAUAUAUUGGUACUGGUUCUACGUCAAAUACUUUUUUGUUUUGGUGAAAAAUUCGGCGAUUUUGAGUUUCUUCGAUGAUGAAAAAGUGUAUCUUGAUAAAAGUUUUUUGGAUGAAGAGUCAGCCUAUCAGUAUGACGUAUUUGUAAGCUACAGCGAUAACGACAGAGCUUGGGUACUGGACGAAAUGUUGCCAACCUUGGAGCGAGAGGAUCAAAUCGCUGUGUGCCUUCAUGAAAGAGAUUUCGAGGUUGGUUAUGGUAUAUUGGAGAACAUAAUCUCCUGCAUGGAUCGCUCCCGCUGUUUGAUGCUCAUUGUAUCGGAGUCGUUCCUUCUCAGCCGAUGGUGUCAAUUCGAAAUGCACCUGGCUCAGCAUAGAUUACUGGAGACGCGUCGCGACGAGCUGAUUUUGGUUCUGCUCGAGGACAUCCCCAGGCGCAAGUGCCCGAAAACGCUCCGGUAUCUGAUGAAGACGAAAACCUACAUCAAGUGGCCGCGGCAGCAAACGAACGAUCGAGAGCUCUUCUGGAAGCGUUUGCGCGGUGCGCUCAUGUCGACUAAACGGUGACCGACAAGCGACGACCGGUUGCUAAUCGUAAGCUUUCUGUUCAUCGAAUGACGUUCAGAGAGAUGGCUCGAAGGUAGUCUAACCUAAGGAGCAGAGUAUUUCGUUUAAGUUUAGUGAUAUAAAUUGUGUGAAGUAUAAAUAAAAGCAUUGUGAUUCGUUAUCUUGUAAGUAACA